AUGGCUGAGCCUAAAAAUGGUUUGAGAAGGAGGUUUCCGUUUAGAUUUGAGAAAAUGUGGCUUUCCCACCCAAACCUUUUCAGUAGUGUGAAAGAUAGGUGGAAUGUACAUUUGGAUAGCUCUGCUAUGUUUUGGGUGGCUAAAAAUUUGAGGCAUGUCAAGGAGAGGGUUAAAAAGUGGAAUAGAGAAGUCUUUGGGGACAUCUUUGUUCAAAAAUUUGCUAUUCAAGAGGAGUUGGUCCUAAUCCAGGGUAAAUAUCAACAUGAAGGAUAUGUGAAUGAUAAUUUUGCCAAGGAGAGUGAGGCUCUGUCCAAAUACCACAAUAUAAUAGCUCGGGAAGAGACCUUUUGGAGGCAGAGAUCUCGAGCCUUAUGGCUCAAGGAUGGUGAUAAAAACACCAGAUUAUUCCACAUCUCUACCCUUAAACAUAGGACUGCAAAUAGAAUUGGCCACAUGAUGAACAAUGGGAGAAUAAUUGAUAACGAGGAUGAAAUAAGUAGAGUUGUUGUUGAGUUUUUUGUUGAUCUUCUAAAGAAAGAUACGUUGUUGGACCCGAAGGCUCAGAAUAUGUUGGCUGAUACUAUACCUAAAAUCCUAUCUGAGAGCCAAAAUCAUAAUCUUAUUGCCAUUCCUUCUAAGGAGGAGAUUAAGAGUGUUUUCUUUUCUUUUGAUGGUAGUAAAGCUCCAUGCCCUGAUGGAUUUCUUAUGUUUUUCUUUCAGCACUUUUGGGAUGUGGUAGGGGAAGAUGUGUCCAAUGUUGUUAAAGAAUUUUUUGGAGCUAGAUCUCUGCUGAAGGAAUUGAAUGCUACCUUCAUUGUCCUCAUUCCUAAGAAGCAAGGGGUUGAUUCUUUGCAUGCUUUUAGGCCUAUCAUCUUGUGCAACUCUUUCUACAAAAUUAUUUCCAAGGUCCUUACGUCAAGAUUGCUGGGUGUUCUUCCUCUUUUGAUCUCCCCUCAACAAAUUUGGCUUUUUACCAGGAAGACAAAUUCUUGA